AAACAUUUGUUCAAACUCAAAGCCGCUUCCGCAAUCGAGGUGGUGAGACACAUGCCGUUUUUCAAUCAACAUCCGUAAAAAAAUAAGUGCAAAUAUGCAAAGCAAUAAAGUUGAAGAACUCACGAACAAGUUAGAAGGAUAUCUGUCUUUGGACACGGAAAAGAUGGACACAUUCAACAGGUACCGGCAGGAGGGGAAGGAAGCUGCCAUGCGUGGUGAGCUGCCUCGUGCCCUGGAGCUGUUUCAGCUGGCUUACCAGCUGCAGCCGAGUGACAAGCUUAAGAAACGGGUCCAGGCCAUACAGGAUCUUAUUCAGAGAGAUGAAGAGGAAGAUGAAGAGGAUGAAGAAUUUGUGGACGUGAAUGACAGUGGAUUGAAACUUUAUAAAGGGCUAUACGACAAAUUGUAUGACCAUCAGAAAGAGGGUGUGGCGUUCCUGUACAGUCUCCACCGAGAUGGAAGGAAAGGGGGAAUCUUGGCCGACGACAUGGGCCUCGGAAAGACCAUUCAGGUAAUUUCAUUUUUGUCAGGGAUGUAUGAUGCAGAGCUGGCCAAUCAUACCCUGUUAGUCAUGCCAACCUCGCUCAUAAAGAACUGGGUGCGUGAGUUUGCCAAGUGGACCCCCGGAAUGAGGGUGAAAGAGUUUCACGGCUCAAGCAAAGCUGAGCGGAACAGGAAUCUGGAGCGAAUCCAACGCAAAGGAGGAGUUAUCAUUACCACCUACCAGAUGCUCAUCAACAACUAUGAGCAUCUUGCAUCAUAUGACCAGCGUGAGUUCAAAUGGGACUAUGUCAUCCUGGACGAGGCCCACAAAAUCAAAACCUCAUCCACUAAAACGGCUAAAAGUGCUCACGCCAUACCUGCUAGACACCGUGUGCUACUUACGGGCACUCCUGUACAGAAUAACCUACGAGAGAUGUGGGCACUGUUUGACUUCGCUUGCCAGGGGUCGCUGCUGGGAACCUCUAAAACAUUCAAAACCGAGUAUGAGAAUCCAAUCACACGUGCAAGGGAGAAAGACGCCACGCCUGGGGAGAAAGCUCUUGGGUUGAAGAUUUCUCAGAACUUGAUGGACAUCAUCAAACCUUACUUUCACAGGCGGACCAAGGCAGAUGUUCAACACAAAAAGCAAAAACGUAAAGAAGGCUAUCGAGACGAGGAAGAUCAAGAGAACAAAUGUCCAAACGCCAGCGAAGGUGCCGAGAUGCCAUCGCUGACACGAAAAAACGACCUCAUUGUGUGGACGUACCUCAGUUCGGUCCAGGAGGACAUUUAUAACCAGUUCAUCUCGCUGGACCAUAUUAAGGAGUUGAUGAUGACUACCAGGUCGCCGCUGGCAGAGCUCACCGUUUUGAAGAAGCUCUGUGACCAUCCCAGACUCCUCUCGAAUCGAGCCGUGGCUCAACUAGGCCUGGAGCAAGGUUCCUCCUUUGACUCCACCCAUCCAGACAUUGAGAGCGAGUCGGCUGUGAGUCAGAUCGACUACAUUUCAGAUGAAACUUUGGUUAGAGAGUCAGGAAAGCUGCAGUUUCUUGUGUCUCUAAUGGAAUGUCUCCGUGAAGAGGGGCAUCGGACCCUAAUCUUCUCACAGUCAAGGAAGAUGUUAGACAUCAUGGAGCGUGUCCUGCGUAACAAAAACUUUCGCCUGCUGCGCUUGGAUGGCACAGUGACACAACUGGCAGAAAGGGAGAAGCGUAUCAUGCUGUUCCAGACAGACAAACGCUACACAAUCUUCCUCCUCACCACUCAGGUGGGUGGAGUCGGGAUCACGUUAACAGCAGCAAACCGUGUUGUGAUCUUUGACCCCAGCUGGAACCCUGCGACAGAUGCUCAAGCUGUGGAUCGCGCCUAUCGAAUUGGCCAAACUGAAAAUGUCCUCAUCUACCGACUCAUCACCUGUGGCACUGUGGAGGAGAAGAUCUACCGCAGACAGGUGUUUAAAGACUCUCUCAUCCGGCAGACAACCGGAGAUAAGAAGAACCCGUUCCGAUACUUCAGCAAGCAGGAGCUACGUGAACUGUUUAAACUCGAAGACACACGUUCUUCCUCCACUCAGCAGCAGCUUCAGGCGAUGCACGCACAAAACCGCCGCUCUGACACCAACCUGGACCAGCACAUCGCUCGCCUUCACAGCAUGGAGAUGUUUGGCAUCUCCGACCAUGACCUCAUGUUCUCUAAAGAGGCGGCAGCCGAUGAAGACAAUCCUGAGGAUGCAGAGUCCCAUCACUACAUACAAACGCGUGUCCAGAAAGCACAAGAGCUCAUGCAGGCAGAAUCAGAACUUCACGGCCAGCUCAUGGACAGCGUGGCCCAGAACACCGAACCGGCUUGGCUCAGGCAAACAGGGCAACCGAAAUCUGCUGGUAGAGACCGGCCGGCUCCUCCUCGUAUCAAAAACGAGCCAGUGACGGUGGAUCUGACUCAUUACAGUUUCGAUGAGGCAGAAUUGGAGGUAGAUGAGCAGAACUCUCUGCCAGUUGAGGAAGUGGUGGAAGUUGUGGGUGAAGAAGUGGAAUUUGUAGGUGAAGAAGUGGAAUUUGUAGGUGAAGAAGUGGAAUUUGUAGGUGAAGAAGUGCAAGUGGAAAAGGAGUCUCCUCGUUCUGGUGGAGAAAGAAAUGUUCAUGUUCUAAAGACUGAGGUUAGCCCUGAUGCCGACAAGAUAGCUCGCCAUGUGGUCACGCUGGAUGACAGUUCAGAUGAGGCUGACAAGUUGUACGGUAAUGCAGCAUCUGAGCAUCAAUACUCACAGCACAGCUUCUCAAGUUCUUCUCACCAGUUUUCAAAGUUGGAAGAACUUUCUGUAGCAUCUGAUGCUCUUGAUAAUAGAGAGGAUCAGGCAGACAAGCCACAUUCAACGGUUCUCUCUUCACCCCCUUCCCGACAUGAGGCCACAGCGGGAGAGUCUUUUAAAGCAGAGGUGGAAAUGCUUCAGGGAAACUUCAACCUGCAGUUAGAGGACAGUGCAGAAAUGUUCUCCGUUGAAGAAGAAGUUUGUGAAGUGGAGUCGUCGGUAGCAGAGGAAAGUCCUGAGUUUCAACUUCAGAUGGACAUCAGUGGAGAAAGACUGGAAGAAGCAAGUAUCUAUGACAGCAGACAGGAUGGUAAACAAAACAAAAGUGAAAUCAGUACCUAUAACAACAGUGAGUUCUGCAACCAUAACAAUGCUGAAGUCAGUAACUGUAACGGUGAAGUCAGCAAGCAUGAAUCUCUUUUGAGGAUCCGUUCUGCUCCGGACACAUCUGCGGACGACUCCCUUUUGCAUUCUGUUCGUAGAAAGAAAAGGCAGGUCAUCUCUGACACUGAAGAAGAAGAAGAGGAGGAUGAAUCCGAGAAGCCAUGUUUAACUAGCAGUCCAUUAGCUGAUGGCCUUAGCAGGUUGGGCUCUUCCACACCAAAAUCCACUUUGACUGACAGAGCUCGACUCCGCCGCAGCUUGAACACUUCUGUGGCAUCGAGAAGGUCCUUCGUUGUGUCCAUGCUGGAGAAUGAAUCUGAUGAAGAGUCAGCAGAGCCCAGUGAAGAUAAAUCCAAAUCCUAUGAGACAACUGAAGCAAAUGAAAGUCAUGCAGAUGAAUCAGUGGAGGAAGAGGAGGACCCCAGUAAAGGUGAAACCAAAUCCUAUGAGAUAUCUGAAGCAAAUGAAAGUCAUGCAGAUGAGUCAUCAGGGGAGGAAGAGGAGGACCCCAGUAAAGGUGAAACUGAAUCCUAUCAGAUAUCUGAAGCCAGUGAAACGCAUGAAGAUGAGUCUGUGGUGGAAGAAGAGGAGCCCAGUGGAGAGACUUUAAACACAGAAGAGUCUAAAAGUGACGAGGAAUUUGAGGAGGUGGAAGAGAGUGUGGAGUCAAGAGGAGACAAUGAAUGGCACAGCGCCCUUCUUGAAUCCACUGCUGAUGUUGAGCUAGACUCUAGUGAAAUGAUGGACCAGUGUGCCCCUAAAACAUUCCCUAUGGAAACGCACAUUCUUCCUGUUAGCUCCACAAGCAGUGACGUGACUGCUGCUAAAGCCUCUGAGAACACGUAUGAGUCGUUGGUACUGUCUGGGAAACAGAGUUUGGCAGAGGGGAGAAAGCAGGAGGCUCUGGAUUUCUUUCUGAAGGCAAUAGACAUUAAUACUGGUGACGCUGAAAUCCAGCUCUUGAUUAUUCAGUUGUACAGGCAACUUAGCCAAUAGGGAAAUUAAAAUGUACACAGCCGUAUAAGAAUUUAUCAUAUCUUUAUCUUUUUGACAAACUGUUUGACAUGCUUUUUUUUUU